AUUCAAGAUAGACAUAGCAUGCUGUACUUCAACCUAAACAAACGUAUAGCAUAGUUACGCCAAAUCUAGUUGUUUUCUUGUAAACUGGACCCAUGUUUUAUUUCACCCCUUUUUUUAGAGGAAGCUUUGCUAUAACCUGGUACGGGUCAGAAGCAAGCCACUACAAAGAUCGCUCGCUCCCCCGCCACCGCCCCCUUCUUGCAAUAACCAGUUCCCAUUAAUUCCCGAGAUUGUGUACUGUACAAAAAAUUUCUACCACCUUAUCGCGACCAUUGAAUUUGUCGCCAGAAUCAUAAGCCAUUGAGACUAUCGUUUGCUAUCUUCAGGUUGCUUUCUAUUGUUUGCUUUUCGAAUGGAUCGAGAUUGUGACCGUAGUAGCGGUCGUUCUGUCGGUGUUGACUCUUCUACGAGCAGUGUAGAAAGCAUUCCGAGACUAGCUGCUUCACCACAUGCUGGCCAUGAUCAGGCGGAUAAGUCAUCAGCCUCUCUGCUCUAUGACAGCACAACAUCCACUGCAUUGAGAGGAAAUCUACAUGGCUUGCAGUCCCACCAAGCCAAGGCGUACAAAGUUGACUGUACGUCUGAUAAUCAAACUACGGGUCGAAGUAAUCAUACUUCUACCCGCUCUUCUAGCAGAGCACCAAGAAGAUUAAGUGGAAGCACAGCUGCAAGCUCCAUUAGUGAGGCUGAGCCUAUAACCCAUAGUCUAGGAAAAAUCGGUGUUUGUGCUCUAGAUGUCAAAGCUCGCAGCAAGCCCAGUCAAAACAUUCUGACACGUCUUCAAUCUAAGGGCGGCUUUGAGGUGAUUGUCUUUGGCGACAAGGUGAUCCUCGAUGAAGCCGUAGAGAACUGGCCUGUGUGUGACUACCUCAUUGCUUUUUUUUCAGACGGAUUUCCAUUGGACAAGGCCAUAGCAUAUGCGAGGCUCCGGAAACCAUUUUGUGUCAACGACUUGCCGAUGCAAAAAGUGCUAUGGGAUCGACGGCUUUGUUUGAGGAUUUUAGACAACAUGAGUGUUCCUACGCCGAAGCGGUUGGAAAUCAAUCGAGACGGUGGCCCAACAUUAGAGUCUCCUGAACUUGCCCAGCAUGUUUACCAACUGACUGGAGUCAGGCUUGAAGGUCCCGAAGAUGGUACUGGAGGAGGGCUUUCAAGAACGAAGAACGUAUCAAUGUCUGACGACGGGGAUUCUUUGAUUGUCGAUGGGCAGGUCUUUAGAAAACCAUUCGUUGAAAAACCAGUAAAUGGGGAGGAUCAUAACAUUCAUAUAUAUUUCCCCAACGAUCAGCAAUACGGCGGUGGGGGCCGGAGACUCUUCCGAAAGGUUGGAAAUAAGAGCUCGGAGUACGAUCCAGGCUUGCUUGUUCCUAGGUCUGUGACGGAAAAUAACUCCAGUUAUAUUUACGAACAGUUUGUGAGGGUGGAUAAUUCUGAGGACGUCAAGGCCUAUACUGUCGGCCCGGAUUUUUGUCACGCGGAAACACGGAAGUCACCUGUGGUUGACGGACUUGUCCGCCGCAACACCCACGGAAAGGAGCUUAGAUAUAUUACGCAAUUGAGCCGGGAUGAGGCAGCAAUUGCUUCCAAAAUAUCAAAUGGGUUCGGUCAGCGCAUUUGUGGUUUUGACAUGCUUCGUGUUGGUGACAGAAGCUACGUGAUCGAUGUUAAUGGCUGGAGCUUCGUCAAGGAUAACAAUGACUACUAUGACAGAUGUGCUAGUAUCCUGAGAGACAUUUUUUUGACUGAGAAACGCAGACGUGAAGGGACUCUAGAACCUGAAAUCUGUCCUCCAGAUUUGAACCAUUCCUGGAGACACUCUGUAUCUCACAGACACACAUUGAAGACUCUGUUAAAAUCUCCAAGCGCGUCCAAACUCCAUGGAAGCCCCUCGGGCAACAAAACCCCCGAUAAUGCUCCCUCGGAUAUUCCAGUUUCAGGUCUGCCUGUCCCUUCCGCUUCUGAGAGUACAGACAAUGGGAAUAACCAGAAAAACUCGAACUUGCAAGAAAGAUCGUCACUCUCAGGAGGUUUAGUUCCCCAAGCUGCAAAUGCAUCUGUUAUCCCAUCGGACGCAAUCGACGAUACUCCUCCUCCACCCCCGGCUUCUAAACACUCGUGGAAGCUGAAGGGUAUGGUAGCAGUCAUCCGGCAUGCAGAUCGCACACCAAAGCAGAAAUUCAAGUUCACUUUCCAUAGCCAACCUUUCAUUGAUCUUCUAAAGGGACACCAGGAAGAAGUGGUGAUCAAAGGAGAGGCUGCGCUAGCCAGCGUAUCCGACGCAGUUAAAGUGGCAAUGGAGCGGGGGCUUGAAGACAUCGACAAACUCAAACUGCUUCGUACAUCUCUUGAGAAGAAGGGUUGCUGGCCUGGAACGAAGGUGCAGAUAAAGCCAAUGUUUCGUAAGCGGAAUCCAGAGGAAUCUCGCGGGCAGGAGGCCUCCACGAUGCUGCCGCCCGCCGAGGGCACUCAGGAUACUUCUGGAUCCCCUGGCCUCGGCGAAGCACCUGGAAGAAACGAGGAUUUGAGUAGGACUCAGACACGGAGCGAUUCUAUAUCCGGGGCCACAUUCUCGAGGUUUUCUGCUGCAGAGAAUGAUCUUAUCUUAGAUAAGCUCCAACUUGUAAUCAAAUGGGGGGGGGAACCAACCCAUGCAGCUCGCUACCAAUCCCAGGACCUCGGUCUAAAUAUGCGCGAUGACUUGAAAUUGAUGAACAAGGAGGCUUUGAAUAAUGUUCGAAUAUUCACGAGCUCUGAGCGAAGAGUGAGUACUAGUGCGCAAAUCUGGGCCUCCGCUUUUCUUGAUCAAAAGGAGCUUCCAGAUGAUUGCAUACAAGUUCGGAAAGACCUUUUAGACGACUCCAAUGCCGCGAAAGAUCUUAUGGACAAAGUAAAAAAGAAGUUGAAGUUGCUUUUGCGAGAAGGGUCUGCACCGUCGCAGUUCACAUGGCCCAAAGAUAACAUACCGGAACCUUCAGUGGUCCUUGGCACGGUUGUUGAACUUAUGAAAUUCCAUCGGGAUGUUAUGAGACACAAUUUUCGGAGACUUGAAAGUUCCCCAAGCCGUUCAUCCGAGCUGUACCCUACCAAUGAUAGUUCUUCCAAUCCCCAUGCAGAUGCUUCUCCAUUGGCUACUAUUCAGGGACGAUGGUGUACUGGUGAGGAUCCGAUGCUUUUUAAGGAGAGGUGGGAGAAACUGUUUGCCGAGUUUUGUGAUACGGAAAAAGUUGACCCCAGCAAGCUCUCUGAACUGUAUGACAGUAUGAAGUUUGACGCUCUCCACAACCGGCAAUUUUUAGAAUGGGUGUUUAUGCCUCCAGACAGUGACGACGAUGCGGAAGAAGGAGAAUACUCCCAUCGGAAAAGUAUAACGCCGAAGGCUGCUGCUGGUGACUCUGAAUCAUGCAACGAAGGUACGGGUUUUGAAAGGAAUGAGGAGCACAUGGACAGUUCAAUAUUUGCGCAUCGGUUCGGUUUGAAGCGACGGAUGCAUGCAUUCGAAUCAAUGCCGCAUUUUAGAGCCCUAGAUGACACUUAUGAUCAUUAUUUCAAAUUAUACCCCGGCUCAAGCUCUAAGAAAGCCAAGUUGGAUGGAAGACUCUCGAAGUUGAGAGAGUUGUACAAGUUGGCAAAGGUUCUUUUUGACUACGUCACUCCCCAGGAGUAUGGGAUCACUGAUACAGAAAAGCUGGAGAUCGGCUUAUUGACAUCUUUGCCACUGCUUCAAGAAAUUGUUAGGGACCUAGAAGAGGUUCAAGCCUCGCCAGAUGCCAAGUCUUUUUUCUAUUUCACAAAGGAGUCUCAUAUAUACACCCUUCUGAAUUGCAUCUUGGAAGGUGGAAUCCAAACAAAAAUCGCUCGGCGAGCUAUCCCCGAGUUAGACUAUCUGUCUCAGAUCUGCUUUGAGCUGUAUGAAGCUAAGGAUUCCGAGUCAUCGACAAAUUCUUACUCGAUUCGCAUCUCAAUCAGUCCUGGGUGUCAUGCUUUUGAUCCUCUUGACGUGCAGCUCGAUUCGAGACAUGCAAUUGGCUGCGCCCCGAGGCGAAGCCUAACCGCUCAUCAAGAUUGGAAGAACGUCAUUGAGACGCUCAAAGCGAAAUUCGACACGUAAGUCAUUUAUAGUCGGUUGUGCGCAUUGCGUUGGUUAGGCCCGAUUGAUACUGACAAAACUUGUUAUUAAGGGUCAAGCUCCCGAAAACCUUCAUUGCAGUAAAUCUCAGCGAUAAACAUGUAUCCAGUCCAUGAAGGCUUUGUAUUCCAAGCACUCAGUUGUGUGAAUCACAUAAUGCCUUCUCACUUUCGUUCCCGAGUAUCAAUAAGUAGAAUAUCCCGAUAUCUUUGCAUACUAGUCUAAAAAACGAAGACAAAACAGACUCUUGAAAAGGGCAAGUUGGUUGGUUGGUGGUGAAGUUCGUUCAUUACUACGGCCAGUGGGCCACAGCCAAAUACAAGGAACGCUUUAUUACUAGUAAUCCUUCGGUUGUUC